GCUGCGCGCCGAGGCGGUGGUGCAGCCUGGAGCACCCGGCAGCUGCGGCGGCCGGGGACCCUGGACCCCUCCUCAAGCGAGAGGGAAGGAAGGAAGGAAGGAAGGAAGGAAGGAAGGAAGGAAGGAAGGAGCAAAGCCCCUCCCACCCAAGGAUGACACUAAACACCCAGCAAGAAGCAAAGACCCCCCUGCGUCGGCGAGCCAGCACUCCACUGCCCUUGUCCGCCCGGGGCCACCAACCUGGCCUCCUGUGUACAGCACCUUCCACAAAAUCCCAGCAUCCCCGGCUGGGCCAGUCAGCCUCCCUCAAUCCUCCCCCCCGGCAACAUUCACCUGCCCCCAAUGGUUGGUCCUCUGAAUCCAGCGACUCUGAAGGCUCCUGGGAGGCCCUCUACCGCGUGGUACUGCUUGGAGAUCCUGGCGUAGGGAAGACCAGCCUGGCCAGCCUCUUUGCAGGGAAGCAAGAGCGAGACCUCCAUGAACAGCUUGGAGAAGAUGUGUACGAGAGGACCCUCACGGUGGAUGGAGAGGAUACCACGCUGGUGGUCAUGGACACCUGGGAGGCUGAGAAACGGGAUGAAAGCUGGAGCCAGGAUUCAUGCCUGCAGGUGGGCAGCGCCUAUGUCAUCGUGUAUUCCAUCGCAGACAGAGGCAGCUUCGAGAGUGCCUCUGAGCUCCGCAUUCAGCUGCGGCGCACGCAUCAGGCCGACCACGUGCCCAUCAUCCUGGUGGGCAACAAGGCUGACCUGGCACGCUGCCGGGAAGUCUCCGUGGAAGAGGGCCGCGCCUGCGCGGUGGUGUUCGACUGCAAGUUCAUCGAGACGUCGGCCACGCUGCAGCACAACGUGGCCGAGCUCUUCGAGGGCGUGGUGCGCCAACUGCGCUUGCGCCGCCGGGACAGCUCGGCCCCGGCGCCUCCCGCGCCCCGACGGCGCGCCAGCCUGGGUCAGCGGGCUCGUCGCUUCCUGGCUCGGCUGACGGCCCGCAGCGCCCGCCGGGCACUCAAGGCCCGCUCUAAGUCUUGCCACAACCUGGCGGUGCUCUGAGGCCGCCCUGCCUCCUGGGGGUGGCGGAACACUGGGCUGCACUCUGAGCUCCACCGAUGCCACCGAGGGUCCUCGACGCAGUUGCCUGGACUCGGCACAGUGGGCUGUGCGUGUCCACUGCCCCGAGGGCCGCAGCAUCUCCCAGAGCUGCAGCUUCAGGGAUCCCCUCCGCUCCAGGAAGGGGUGGACAGACUAUGGGACCGAAGCCUCAAGUUGGGCACAGCGUAGGGUUUUGUUUUUGUUUUUUUACGCGGUGCGUGUCUUUUUGUAAAAAUCUUCCUUGUCCCUUGGCUCUGGCCAACUCACAAUAAACCAGACCAGAAGGA